UAAUUGAAACCUGAUAUAAGACCUGAGAUUAGUUGUAAUAUAGUUCAUACACUUAGUUCUAAUUUAACAUGCAUUUUUCUUGGUUGCUCUGCUCUGUCCUCAGCUCCGGGGUUCUAGGAACUUGGAAGAAUAGAGAGGCGGAUUUCUCGUAUGGAGAACAGGUAAACCAUGAUAUGGGUAAAGCUGUGCAUGAUGCUCGGGAGACAGUUUCCGAUCUACUCGAUGUAAAGCAUAAUAGUAUGGAGCAAGCAUACAAGUAUGAUCAAGGGGAGAAGAAGCCAAAGGACGGAAAACCAAUGGAAAAGCCCGCCAAUGAGAAACUUCUGGAAAACCAAAUGGUAAAGCAAAUGCCCACAAUGGAAAAACAUGCGGAAAAGCCUAUGCCCGCAAUGGAAAACCCCGCGGAGAAGCCUUUGCCCGCAAUUAAAAAACCUAUGGAAAAGCCAAUGCCCGCUAAAGAACCUAUGCAUCCCAAGGAAAUGCCUAAAGAAUCUAUGUCAAGUGGAAAAUAUUGAGUUCUAACGUAAAAAAAUAUACAACUUUUCUUGUUACAA